UUGAGAUUCAAGAGCCGAAACGUCCUGCAACCGACAUGGCGUCGGGAAAGCGCUCGGAUCGGAAGCGCAUUGACGACUGGACGAGCGACGAUGUCAUGCAAUGGCUCCACGCCGAAGGCCUCGCGGCCUACGAGAGCCUCUUCUUGACGCAAGAGACGCUGAACGGCGAAUUCUUGCUCGAAUUCUCGACGCCGACGCUCGAUCACAUGGGCAUCACAAGCCUCAAGCAGCGCAAGGAGCUCCUCAAGGCCAUCCACAGCCUGCAAGUCCGCGCGCUCGAAGAGGUGCGCGCGUCGCCUCGCAUUACGACGAGCAACCAAGGGCACGAGCCCGAGUUCAACGAAGACGCGAGCCAUGCAUCCUUUCUCGAGGCCUUGCAGGCCUGGCGCCAGCCCUCGCAGGCCCGCGUGGACCAUGGCACGGCCACGAGCCUUCCGACGGUGUGCUGGCACUGCCUGGCGCCGUGUCGGCAGCUCGUGCCAGCGCCGGACGCGCGCAGCGUGUGUUCGAAGCGCUGCUUGGACGCGCUGCUUGCCGCGGACGCGCAGGCGAACGACGCGGUCGCGUCGCAAGCGGCUGCUUAUCGCGCUCGUCUGCAAGCCGCGUGGUCUUUGGACAUUCAGCUGCUGACCAGAUCGCCCAAUGAUCCAAUGUGAUUGGUGCUCGAAUAUAAAUGUCCACCAAUCGAAACGCGCUUUGCGAUGCAUUAUAGCCAGUCACA